AUGUCUGACGAGAAACAACUCGAAAUUGAGGCUAGCUCUCUCCGCCGUGUGGCUCUUGUUGGAGUUGCCGUCUCCUUCACCGCCACAUUGGUGUGCGUCAUUGCCGCCCCAAUGCUCUACAACUACAUGCAACACAUGCAAUCCGUUAUGCAAUCCGAAGUUGAUUUCUGCCGUUCCCGAUCUGGAAACAUCUGGAGAGAGGUUACCCGCACUCAAGUUCUCGCCAAGGUUUCUGGAGGAGCCCUUCGUUCCCGCCGUCAAGCUGGAUACGAGAGCGCCGGAGUUGAAGGAUCUUCAGUUGGACACCAAGGAGGAUGCUGCGGAUGUGGAGUCUCUGCUGCUGGACCACCAGGAGCCCCAGGAUCCGAUGGAGAAGAUGGAGCUGAUGGACAACCAGGAGCACCAGGAAACGACGGACCAGAUGGACCAGCCGCCACCCCAGCCCCAGCUCACGAGUUCUGCUUCGACUGCCCAGCCGGACCACCAGGACCAGCCGGACCAGCUGGACCAAAGGGACCAAACGGAAACUCAGGAUCCGACGGACAGCCAGGAGCCCCAGGAAACAACGGAAACGCCGGAGGACCAGGAGCCCCAGGACAAGCCGGACAAGACGGACAUCCAGGAAACGCCGGAGCUCCAGGAGCCCCAGGAAAGGUCAACGAGGUUCCAGGCCCAGCCGGAGCCCCAGGAGCCCCAGGACCAGACGGACCAGCUGGACCAGCCGGAUCCCCAGGAGCCCCAGGAAACCCAGGAUCCCAAGGACCACAAGGACCAGCCGGAGACAACGGAGGAGCUGGAUCCCCAGGACAGCCAGGAGCCAACGGAGACAAUGGAGCCGAUGGAGAGACCGGAGCCCCAGGAGGUUGCGACCACUGCCCACCACCAAGAACCGCCCCAGGAUAUUAA